GCCGGUCUCCAGACGUCCGAGCCAGCCCGGAGCCCGCACCGAGCAGCCGGCACCGUCCGAGCCAGCCCGGAGCCCACACCGAGCAGCCGGCACCGUCCGAGCCAGCCCGGAGCCCGCCCGGAGCCCACACCGAGCAACCGGCACCGUCCGAGCCAGCCCGGAGCCCGCACCGAGCAGCCUGCACCGUCCGAGCCCGCCCGGAGCCCGCACCCAGCAGCCGGCACCGUCCGAGCCAGCCCGGAGCCCGCACCCAGCAGCCGGCACCGUCCGAGCAGCCCAGCGCCGGCCAGAUGGAGCGUCCGCAGCCCGACAGCAUGCCCCAGGAUUUGUCAGAGGCCCUGAAGGAUGCAACCAAGGAGGUGCACACCCAGGCGGAGAAUGCCGAGUUCAUGAGGAACUUUCAGAAGGGCCAGGUGACUCGAGAAGGCUUUAAGCUGGUCAUGGCCUCCCUGUUCCACGUCUACAAGGCCCUGGAGGAGGAGAUUGAGCGAAACAAGGAGAACCCAGUCUACACCCCUCUCUACUUCCCGGAAGAGCUGCACCGCAUGCCCGCCUUAGAGCAGGACCUGGCCUUCUGGUUCGGGCCCCGCUGGCGGGAGACCGUCCCCUACACGCAGGCCACCCGGCUCUACGUGCAGCGACUCCACGAGGUGGGGCGCAGGGAGCCCGAGCUGCUGGUGGCCCACGCCUACACCCGCUACCUGGGCGACCUGUCCGGGGGCCAGGUCCUCAAGAAGAUUGCUCAGAAGGCCUUGGACCUGCCCAGCUCCGGCGAGGGCCUGGCCUUCUUCACCUUCCCCAGCAUCGCCAAUGCCACCAAGUUCAAGCAGCUGUACCGCUCCCGCAUGAACUCUCUGGAGAUGACCCCCGAGGUCAGGCAGAAGGUCAUCGAAGAGGCCAAGACCGCGUUCCUGCUCAACAUUCAGCUGUUUGAGGAGCUGCAGGAGCUGCUGUCCCAGAAAGCGGAGGACCAGAGCCCGUCACAGACAGCGGGCCUUCGCCGGCGGGCUGGCAGCAGGACUCAAGACUUGACUCCGGUGGAGACUCCCAGAGGGAAGCCCCAGCCCAGUGUCUUCUCCCAGGCACCGCUCAUCCGAUGGGUGCUCACACUCAGCUUCUUGGUGGCAACGGUCGCCAUGGGGCUUUAUGCCAUGUGAAUGCAUGUGUGUUGGUGCCUGGGGCCGUGGACUCUGUCCAGCGGAGAGCCCUCUUUCCAGAGAGGGAAAAUCUCGUGGCUGACUUCCUUCCCUGGGGCGUGGGGAGCUGUUAGCUCCUCCCCGUCCCCCCACGUCCCUCUGUCUCUGGCACGGAAGGAGUCUGCGGCACCCUCCCAACUAAAAGCACAUCCAGCCAAUGACCUGAACUUCCAGAGUGGGACGAGGGGUCCUGCCGGGCCCUCAGAACACCCCUCCCCUGUUCCUGCAGCAGAGCCCAGAAGAUGUGGCCAGAAGUAGCAACCGUCCUGAACCUCCAAGCGCCCUGGGUUCUCGGUCUCCUUGUUGACAUGCGGUGACCGCUUUCCCUGUGGGCCAUGACGAUUUUCAUAUAAAUGUGCAAGAUGUUUUGUGUUGUGUUUGUCUUGUUUUUGUUGGAGCUAUUUUUUGUUCCCGGCUCAGCCUGACUGAAAUAUUUUGUUGUGUUCUGUUCUGUUUUUAUAUAGCAGG